UUCAAUUCGUUCUAUAAUUUACUUGAAAUUGAAACAAUAACUUAAAAAGAAGUUAAGAUUAUUUGAGGAGUUUCGAACUUCGAUAAUUUAAAAUUUUAAUUUCAUUAAAAUCAGUAUAAAAAUGUGGACAAAAAUUGUUAUUUUGUGUUUGUUUGUAAGCUUCAUUGUGUGUGAGAAUAUUGAUGAAAGUAAUACAGCUCCAACUGAUUUGGAAAUUUUUCACAAUGAUACGAAACAACUACUUGAGCUGUGCUUUCCUGAUAAAUUGAACCCUGCGGUUAUUACUGUUGACUUGAUUGACAUCAUGUUCGAAAUUUCAAUAAACGAAGUGGUCAACGCGUCCAUUGUAACGAUUGAUUAUGACUUCAAAUCAACUAUGAUGAAAUGGCACUAUCCAAAUCAUCCCUCGUACAUUAUAUCAGCAGAGCCUGAUAGAAAACUAAAAGCUCUUCUUCACGAAAUAAAGUCGUCGAUUAUUUGGAACAUCAAGUCAUUGGUUUUCGUUGUUGGUGAAAAAUGUGAAAAGGCAAUGAAAGUUCUGAGGAUGGUGUGGGAUAUUGAAGCCCUUGGAUCAUUUUACGUUUGUCGAGAUCAAGUCAACAAAACUACGCUGGUGUAUACAUUUAACCCCUACACAGAUAAAGCACCGGAGCCCUGGAGUAGAGUUAAAAAGAAAACGAGUGAUAAUCGAUGGACAUUGUAUAGGCAGGCAUUUAAAAACGAUUCGGAAUCGUGUCAAAGUUAUCAUUUUGACAAAACCAGAAUUCUGGACGGUUUUCCAGUAAAAGGUUAUGCACUAAAUACAUUCGGUGAUCCUGCAUCAAAUGAAUUUACACCUGAAGCACUCGACGGGCAAAUCGCGAAUCCAUAUUUCGUUUUCAAAAACAUAUUUUUAAUGUUGAAUGUCACACCGGUGAUGAACUACUAUACAAUCAUUGAUGUUCCACAUUCUGCCAGAACUAAAAAAUUAUUUAAUAAUGAUAAGUACGAUGUUUGGAUAGAUUUAAAACCACUCGAUCUACUUUAUUACGAAUAUCUCGAUAUUAUUCCGCUAUACUCGGAAGAAGGCUAUACGAUAAUAACAAACUCGCGUUCUAUUCCAAUCCUUGACCAAAUUGUCGACAGUAUGUUCAGUUAUCAAACUCUGAUAAUUUCGAUUAUCAUUCUAACUAGUAUCUUCGUACUUAUUUUAAUCAAUAAUAAGUUCAAUUUUGUUGACACAUUUUUCGAUAUCUUGUUGUUGGUAUUGAAUAUGGGGAUGAGGACACCCAUAGAACGUUUAUUCAUGCGUAUUACUUUUCUAGCCGCAUCUUUAUUUAUGUUGAUGUUCAAUCCAGCAUUGGAGGGUCAACUCAUGGCAAUGCUGGCAAAACCGAGUUACCGUAGGGUUGAAAAUUUAGAUGAUUUACAUUCAAAUAAAUUUAAAGUCUUCUUCGACGAUAGAAUCCGCGAUUAUAUAGCCGAGACACAAAUAUGGUCAAAUGAUUCUGAUAAGGAAUACUUGUAUGAGCAAGGCACGUUUGAUUUUGGUCGAUGCUACGACCGAAUUACGAGAGAAUAUCAUGAUCCGGUACAAAUCCAUAAUUUGAUAUUUGAUACACUCCCGUUUAUCGAUCCAGUUCCGAUGAAUGAUUCACUUUCAGUAAAUGUUUCUCUUCUGAUUAAUGAUUCCCGUCCGAUAAAUCUGUCGAGUCAGACGACGAGCGUAUUUCCGGAAUAUGAUUCAGUUACGAAAAAUACUUUAGCGGCUUGUAUAUUUGCUUAUAAGUAUCGUAACUCUGCAUUAAACGACAAUUUAUAUAUAUCGAAAGACUUAUUAUUCAAGUCGUACAACGUGUUUAUGACUCGUAAACGUUGGAGUUUAAAAAACAAAAUUGAUAAAGCAGCAAUGAAUCUUUUUGAAACCGGCCACAUUCAUUACGCCGAACGAUUCGAACGGUAUAACGAAUUGAAAAGAAAAAAAAAGUUAGCUGCUAGAAUCGAAUCAUAUAAAAGUGGAUUCGAUCAAUUAGAGUUCGAAGAUUUUCGAAUAGUUUAUAUUUUCGGUACAUUGAGCUUAAUGUGGACAGUCACUGUUUUUAUUUUUGAAAUAAUGUUCAAAAAAAUGACGGAAUCAUAUGACAAACGCUUACAAAAAUUAGAAAUGAAACAAAUGAAAGUACGGCGAAAAUUUGCAAUAAUCAAUAAACAAACUGCCGUUGCUGAAACGCGAGUUUAAUCAUUCGUUAUGUUGUAAAAUUGCGUGACUUUUGUAAGAUUAUUUUAUUUAUUGAUUUAUUUAAUCUGACAUCUGGAUGAUUAACGGAUAUUUGGAGCACUUAUAGAAGCCGGAUUGUAAAGUACAGGGUUCCUCGCAUAAUUUAGUCAAAGUCUCGAGUUUCAAUCUAUCAUUUUAAAACCGAUUUUUAUGAAGCAUUGAUCAAACGAUUUGCUAAGUAUUUGAUUAGCAUAACAUUCCAUAAUACCAACCGGACAAACUUUCGUAAAAAGUAAUUUAGUUUUUAAUCAUGAAAGUAAUAACAAACAAUAUUUGGUUUAUAUUUUAUGAAUUUAUAAAAUAUUUAAUUCUGCCCUUGCUGUCCUUCAACUGAGUAAUUAACCAUUGCGUGUUGUGUUGUUUGACUCAUAUAUCCAUUGAUUGAUAUUGUGUGUAGUUAAAAUGAUUGACUUUUCAAUAAGAUAUAUAAAAUUUAAAAAUUAUUAAUCGCCCGUUGACACAAAAUUUAAAAAUUUUUAUGUUUUCGAUGGAAUAAAUUAGAUGUAAUUCUGAUGAAAACUUUUAUUCGUCGUGUGAUUUUCUUAAUAACCAUAUAAAUAUAUUUAGUUAUGUACAUAUAUAUUAGGGUAGCUAAAAAAAAUGAUUUUCUCAGCUUUUACCCUUCAAAAAGCUUGAAGUUUGGUAGAAGUAAUAAAUAAUCACCACGUUUGAUCUAAAAUUUUAGAUUACGAGAGGUUGCUCAAGAAUUUUCAAAAUCUAAAAACGAUUUCAACAAUCUAGUGUUUCAUUGUCUUGAAUUUAUUAUUUUAGAAAACAAAAUUUAUUUUUUAUAAAAUAAGUAAUUUUCUAACGAUUUUACCUUAAAAUAAGAAUUUUAUGAAGACGCGGGAAAAUAUCAAAAUUGUCUGAGCUCAAACUUGGAGAGAAUUGAUUUUCCUCAACAUACCUCAAUAACUUUUUGAAGGGUGAAAAUAAAAAUUCAUACAUUAAGACUUUUUUUGAGCUACCGUAAUAUAUAUAGUAAUUGUUUGACAAAAUUUAUCGAUCCACUAUCGAU